UUCUUUAAUAGCAUGCAAGACAAAGGAAAGAAUAGUUAUUGAGAGCAGUUGUAUGUUUUCUGUAGCAGGAGCUAGCUAAGGUAAGGUCAGCUCAACAACAAAAACAAAUGGAUGAGAAUGCUUAAAUCUCAGCCAUUGGAUUUUAUUUAAGUUGGCGUAGAAUUGUCAGUUGAGUACACGUGCUAACUCUACUAGUACUAUCUUUUCCCCUUUACCACUUCUUUUUAUCUUUGCUUCCAUGCAUGGAUUUCUCCUCCCAUUUGCCAAACAUACUGUGUUUGUUGUUAAGAGAGAGAAAAAGGAAAGGAAAAAAAAAAGAGUAAAUUGUUCUGCUCUUUCUUCUGAUAUUUUCUUGAUAUUUGUUCACUGUUUCUUGAUUUACUUUGGUCCCAUUAGUAGUGUGACACAUACUAAGUAGUAGCAUUUUGAGCAGUUGGGAGGAACAAGAAGUUUAGGUGAAAGUUGGACUUUUUUUUCUUUUCUGUUUCUUCAUAUUUGUUCACAGUUUCUUGAUUUAACAUUAGUAGUAUGACAUACUAAGUUGUACUAGUAGGCAUUUUGAGCAAUUGGGAAGGGGACAAGACUAGGUAAAAGUUUGGACUAUUCUUUGGUUUUUGUUGAUCGUAUAUCAUCUGAUCUGAUAUUCGAUCUUGAUUCUUGAAUAAUUUUGAUUCAAUGGGUGAAGAUCAAGAAGUAGUAGUACUGAAACAUGUUUGCAAAUUCUGCAACAAAAGUUUCCAUUGUGGUAGAUCCUUAGGGGGUCACAUGAGGUCUCAUAUGAUUACUACAACUGAUGGAGAGACUUCAAGAAAGAAGCUUCCUGCUUUGAUCAUCAGUAAUGUUGAUUUGGAUAUGGGCACUCAAAGUGCUAAUUAUGGGCUGAGGGAGAAUCCCAAGAAGACUUCAAAGUUUGAUCAAGAUGAUGCUUUGCUUCCCAAUCAGAACAACAACAAAGUUUGCAAGGAAUGUGGAAAAAGCUUCCCAUCUUGGAAAGCUUUAUUUGGGCACAUGAAGUGUCACUCAUCAUCAAUGAAUAACAGUGUGGAAGAAGAUUCUUGGAACAGUGGAAAGCAAUUAGUGUUAAUGGAUAGUGAAUCUGAUACUGAAGCAGCAGCAGCAGCACCAAACAAGAAGAAGAGAUCAUCAAGAAAGAUGAUGAAAAGGUACAUGGUCCCUACAACUUCCUCUUCUUUAACUGUUGGUGCUAAUGCUUCCCCUUGUGUAUCUGAAAUUGAGCAUGAACAAGAAGAGAUUGCUAUGAGUUUGAUCAUGCUUUCAAGGGAUGUUGGGAAUUGGGUUGGUCAAAAUCAUGUCACUGAGUGUUCUGAUAACAAUUCUCAGUUCUUGCAAUCUUCUUCAAGAUUGAGUACCAAAUGUAAAGAUGAUAGUGGUGGUGACUUGGUCAAGCUGAUCAAGAAAGUCAAAAAUGGGAAAACAGAACAAGGCGAGUGCUCCAAGUCUCCAACAAAUGGUCAAAAAAGAGACAAAUCCCAACUACCAACUGAUCAUAAAUUUCUCGGAGAUGAAAAAAAGAAGAAGAUUAAAGUGGACAAUGAACACAGAGUAGUUGAAAUUCUUCCAAAAGAAAUGGAUCCUGAUCCAAGAGAAAACUCUAGCAAGAUAAAAUUUGAGUGUACUACUUGCAACAGGAGUUUCCACUGCUAUCAAGCACUAGGUGGUCAUAGGGCAAGCCACAAAAACACUAAAGUUGGAAAUUGCACUAGCAUUGAUAUUGAUCAUCACGUCAAGCAAAUCAAGAACUUCAGCAAUGAGAGUGGAAUUAACGAAUUUGCGCUAAAGAUUGACAACAAUUGUGGAUCCAAGAAGCAGCAGCUAAAGAUGCACGAGUGUCCAAUUUGCUUCAAGAUUUUCCCAUCUGGACAAGCAUUAGGUGGUCACAAGAGAUCCCACUUGAUUGCUGAGGCCAAAAGAAACAACAACAACAACAACAACCAAUCUGUUGAAGUACACAAACCAGUACCAGAAAUCAGAAACUUUUUGGAUCUAAAUUUGCCUGCUCCUGUUGAAGAAGAUACCAUGUUGGAUUCUAGCAGUACUGAGCAUAUUGAAUUCAAGCAAUGGUGGAUUGACAGCAGCCACAAACAUGAGCAGCUAUUGGGCCUUCUUUCUAGCUGAUCAUUGGGGAAUUUCAGCAAAGUGUACAGAUUCAUUGAUUCUUUACAUGAUUGAAGUGUUUGAUCAAUUCACACUAGUAACUAGUGGUGGCAGCAAUAAGUAAGCCUCAGUCCCUAAUACGUUAGGGCCGUCUAUAUGAAUCCUCACGGUUCCAUUUAAGCUCAACUCAAAAUUAUCAAUUAUACUCUGGCUCCCAACCCACUGCAACCCUUCUCGUUUGUGUGUGCUUGGAACCGACAAUGUGAGCAAGCUGACACAGGUGUAGUAGUCGUGUUCAACCCAUCCAUUUUGCUCAUUGAACAAUUAAGCACGUAUUAUUUUUUAUUUCUAUUUUUGCAUUUCAUUUACAAGUUUUAGUCAAGGGAAUGGUAAUUCAUGUGUACAAGAUGUAACCUUCUUUUUACUAUUUUUGGAUUCUUUUGUUGAGUACAUUAACUUUAGCUUCAUCUUGAGCUAGAC